AUGGAGAAGGCCGAAGCUCGCUCCCUCGUGGAGCGAUGCUUGCCACGCUUUAAGGAUGCGGGGCUGUCGGCUCCGGAUGGCAUCACGGACGUCAAGGUAAGAGCAAUCGCGACUCUGUGGGCUGGAAUGGGCAGCGUGUAUGACCUCGCAGUGAGCUCCAAAAAUGGACUCCAGAAUGUUGUGGCCAAGCGCGUGCAGCUUCCGAAGUGGUGUGACAGCAUUGGAGACCAACGAAAGAAGGACAGCUACGAUGUGGAGGCUGCAUUCUAUCAGAAGGGACAUGCGGAACGGUUGAUUUCCGCGGGCUGCAUGGUGCCUUUCCCACUCCACGUGGAGCACUCACGUGGCGAGGGCGUGACCAUCUGCAUGACGAAGGUGGAAGGCCGGGCGUCGCAUCCUCGAGGGGCGGAGGCCUUCGUCUCCUGGCUCGCGCGCCUCCACGCGACAUACUGGGGCCGAAGAGCUGACGAAGCCUGCGGCCCUGAUGCAGGCGGAUUGCAGCUUCAGGGGUGCUAUUGGCACUUAGACACGCGGCCGGACGAGCACAGGAAGAUGCCCUCCUCCGGCUGGAUGGGCCGCCUCAAGCUAGCUGCUCGGGCGAUUGACCUGAGGCUCAAAGCAGACCCUUUGCAGUCCGUCUGCCAUGGUGAUGCCAAGGGUGCAAACAUCCUUUAUGCCAGUGGGGAAGGAGGAGAGGCGAUGCCUCUUGUGUAUGACUUCCAGUACUGUGGCAAAGCUGCGGUGACGAAGGAUUUGGCUUACUUCUUCAAUGUGGAAGCACAUCCCUCUGAAGCCGAAGAAGAGCGGCUGCUGCGACUCUACCAUUCGGAGCUGACGAAGCUUCUUGGAGCCCAGGGAGACGCCCCCCCCGAACUCGCGGCGCUGAAAACUUCGCUGGAGCUUGCGCUGUGCGAUUGGCGACGCUUUUCGGAGAUUGGCCUUGGAGGCUGGGGCGAUGAUGCCAGACAUCGAGUGCAGAAGGUCCUCGACCGGCUCGACGGUGGCCGUGCGCUGCCCAACGAAGAAGCCUAUAUCGAUGCGAUGCAACGGGAGUACCCGGCAUCACGCAACUCUCGACUUCGUUCGUUGACACCGCCGACCCAGCGGGAGGCGGAGCGCGUCGCCGCGACGAACGAUGAUGCUGACGGCUCCAGUGACAGUGAGGUGCUGGAGCUGGUCGAGACGGUUCGGAAUCGGGCCACGACAUGGAGCCAUGAGGCCCACAAGAGCAUCAUGGACAAGCUUGGCAUCCAACUGCACGAAGGUGCUGAUGUUUCCCCUCCACGAGCGACUUUUCAAGUGCGACGUGGGAGUGCCAUGGUGUGA